AUGCCGGCAUCGCACACAAUAGCAGCGCCAGCCAACAUGGCGCCCAUACACAACAACAAGCUGCACGAGCAGUCGCUGCACAGCUCAGCCAUGGAGCUCAAGUAUGCUCAAAGCACGCAUUUAGUCGACAUCAUCGCAAAGGACGAGGACAUGCGACGGUUACGCUUCGACAUACACGUCAUGGAAGACGACAACAACGAGUUACGCGAUCUUCUCACCCAAGAAGAGGACCGGUCGAACAACUUCGAGGUGUUGGUGAACGAGAAUCUGGCACGCGCCGAGGAAGCAGAAGCGCGUCUGCAGGAUGUCGAGACCGUGCUGCGCGUGCGAGAGCAGGAGGUCGGCACACUACAAGCUGAGGCGAAAGCGCUCAAGACGACUGCACAAGACUCGGAAACCUUCCUCACGGAGAAGCUUGCACUCACGCGAGAAUUGUCCGUGCUGCGACCCGAAUUGGAACACCUCAAAGCACAGGCUGCAUCCACAGAGGCACUGAUGACCGAAAAGCUCGAACUACAACGCCUGGUCAGCAACAUGCAGUGCGACGUAGAGAACGCGAAACGCGAUCUGAAGCGUGCCCAAGCCAAGCGACGGAACACCGGGGUCGAGAUUGCGCAGGAGGAACAAGUGGAAGAUCUCAAGCGACAACUGGCAAAAGAGAAGCGCGCUCGACAACGCGCCGAGCAAGCUGCUGAAACGACCCAGAUGGACAGCAGUGUUGACGAUGUGCGGAAAGAGCUUGCUCGGGAGAAGCGUGCACGGCAAAAGGCAGAAGAGGAGCUUGAGGCUGUGCAAGAGAACACGCAAGUCGAGGAUGUGCGAAAGGAUCUAUUGAAGGAGAAAAAGGCCAAGCAAAAGCUCGAGGGGACUGUCGAGACCCUACGCAAGGAGCUCGAGAGGGAAAGAAAGGUCGCGGCUCGGGCAGCCAAGCGCGCCGAUGCCACUGCUGAGACCGACGAGCAGCUUGACGAGGCCCGACAAGAGCUCUCCGCGGAAAGAAAAGACCGCACAAAGACCGAGAAGGCGAUGCAGAAAGCGGCUGAAGAGUUCGAGGCACAGAAGCAGCUGCUCGAUGAGAAGCUUGGCCAGUUCCGAGCGAAGCUCAAGAGCACUAAGGAGAAACUCAAGGAGACCGAGGCAGAGCUGGAAGCGGCACGCGAGGAGGUAGCUGAGUCGAAGAAGGGCACGAAAGCAUCUGCACCAGCUGCGAAGAACACGAAGAAGCGCAAUGCAGCAGCCUUCGACGCCGACGCUACCACCCUCGGCACACCAGGCGAUGGACAUGCAGCAAAGCGAGGACGAAAGGCAGGAGCAGGCAUCGGCGAGAAGUCAAGCUUUUCGAUGACUCCCUUUCUUAACAAGACUGCGAGCAUUCUGCCAGAUAGUCCUGCCGAUGCUGACGAGGCUACGGAGGAAGAAGCAGAAGAUGUGCCCUCUCCGACUGUCGAGCCUGCGAAGAUCAAGAAGCAGCCACUUGCGCCAAAACCAGCGAGUGAUGGCAACAUCCAGAAGAAGCCAGCUGGCCGACCACGUAAGCAGAAGGCAGCACUACCCGCGCUUGAGAUUGUCACCGAAGAAGCCGAAGAUGUUCACAGCCAAGGUCAAGAGAACGAACCUGCUGCCAAGCCAGCGACGAAGAUAAGAACUAAGAGUGCUGAUGGCUCCAACGAGAAAGCAGGAGCUGCCGAAAAGAAGAAGAAGCGCAAGUCCCUCGUCGACUUUGCAUCCUUCAACCCUGAGCCGGAAGUCAAGAAGAAGGAGAAGAAGAGCAGGAAGCUCGGCGGCACUGGGAAGACGCUAUUUGACGAGGAAGAAGAGAGCGCCGCACCAGCGAAGGCUCUGCCCGGCAAAAUGUUCCUCGGAGGUAGAGGCUUUGGAGCGCUUGGUGCUGGACAGAAGAAGGCAGGAGGAUUCUUGGGUGCGAGCAAGAUUGGCAGCUCAAUGUUGAUGACUGCUGGUGACGGGGAUGGAUUCACAUUUUCACCGCUGAAGAGGCGGAGAGGGAACCUGGAUGAUACAUUGAGAGGUUAA